UGUGCUCUGCUUGGCAACUGCUCUGUGCUCAUCAACUCAAAGUUUCCCCUCGCUCUUUGUCUACGAGUUCUUGAGGUUUCAGGAGACCUAGAAGUUCAAAAGAUGUCUUGCGGUGGAAGCUGCAACUGUGGCUCGAGCUGCGGCUGUGGCAGUGGAUGCGGAAAGAUGUACCCUGACUUGGCCGAGAAGAGCGCCGCCCCGGCGGCCAUGGUCCUCGGCGUUGCGCCUGAGAAGGGGCGCCUCGAGGAGGGAUUCGAGAAAGCAAUGGAGUCCGGCGAGGGCGGCCAUGGCUGCAGCUGCGGCUCCGGCUGCAAGUGCAACCCCUGCAACUGUUGAUGGAGAAGAUGAUCCGUGUGCAUGCCCGUGAGUCUGUAUCACUGUAUGUGUUUGAGUGAUAGAGACUCAGUAAAUAAGGAGCUGUCCAGACACCCACCAGUGUGAUGUAUCAUAUCAUGUUUGUGUGAAACACCAGCUUUGUGAUGCUGUGGACUGUGUGUGGUUGGAGAACCAUGUGGCUACACCAAGCUUCUGUUCACCCAAUCAGUGUGGUUUGUGCCGUAAUGGUGUGCUGUUCAGUGGAAUAUAAUCUGGUUUCCUUGUGCAUU